ACAGUGACGUGAAUGUCAGUUGAAUAAAAUCUUGGGGAGCACCGUCACGCCGUGCAUUGUAUCUGUCGCCAUUGCCACCUACGUUUGUGUGGCGCCUUGCAGCCUCGAAACGGCCUUCAAACUAGAACCCUUCCGGUGGCGCGAUGUCGAGUAAAUAAACCAACGACCGGGACCGCGAAUUCUCCCCAUCCUGCUCAGUGCGCGCUCUGAUCCUUUGUCGUCUUCGGCAAUGCAAAGGAUUCCCCCCAGUUAGUGAAGUUUGUGAUUUGUCAGGUUGUCGUGGCGAUUUUGUUGCAAUUGUGCAUGUAAAUUGGAAGUAAUUGAAUUUGUUGAUAUUUAUAUGAGCCGGCGUCGCUCCCAGGCCGGGACCUCACUGGAUUUUUGUGGUAAUUGCAGGAAGCGGUAGUCAGGAAGUUAUCAAAAUGGCGACAAAUCAAGCGUUUGAGGAAGAUGUCUCUGAUCAAUCAACGACACGAAAUGGCCAAAAGAUGAAUAUGUAUUCGAUCAACUCUUCGCCGCCCACCGAGAAUACUGCACUGUCUACUUACUUUAGUGAUGAAAAAGUAGAAAUUCCUGACGUUGAGAAGACAGGAUUUAGUUUCCGGAAAUUAUGGGCGUUCACCGGACCUGGGUUUCUAAUGUCCAUUGCAUACUUAGAUCCAGGAAACAUAGAAAGCGAUUUACAAAGUGGAGCAAUUGCCAAAUAUAAGUUAUUGUGGGUACUUUUAGGUGCAACAAUUCUCGGCCUACUUAUGCAAAGGUUAUCAGCAAGAAUUGGUGUUGUGACUGGUCUUCAUUUAGCUGAAAUGUGUUAUAGACAAUAUAAGAAAAUUCCAAGGUUAAUAUUAUGGAUCAUGAUCGAAAUUGCAAUUAUUGGGUCGGAUAUGCAGGAGGUCAUUGGCACGGCAAUUGCAAUUUAUUUAUUAUCGAAUAAAACUGUUCCUUUAUGGGCGGGAACUCUAAUAACAAUAGCAGACACAUUCACAUUUUUAUUUCUAGAUAAGUACGGUUUGCGGAAACUAGAAUUGCUAUUUGGAACGCUUAUCACUGUCAUGGCUGUUACGUUUGGCUAUGAAUAUGUUGUUUCGGCACCAGAUCAGGUCGAAGUAGUCAAAGGAAUGUUCAUCCCAUGGUGUAGCAAUUGCAGUUCUAAAGACCUCUUACAAGCGGUUGGAAUUAUCGGGGCCGUCAUCAUGCCGCAUAACUUAUACUUGCAUUCAGCACUCGUAAAGUCGCGUGAUGUCGAUCGUCGUCAACCAUCCAAAGUACGUGAUGCUAACUUUUACUUCUUUGUUGAGGCAUGCGUGGCACUAUUUGUUUCGUUUAUUAUUAAUUUAUUCGUUGUAGCAGUAUUUGCACAUGGAUUGUAUGGAAAAACAAAUAAUCAAGUGCUUGAUGUAUGCGUAAAUCAAUCGAUGUACGAUGAUGCGGUAAUUUCAUUCACUCAUAAUAACGAAACAGUCGACGCUGACUUGUACAAAGGUGGCUUGUUCCUCGGAUGCACAUUUGGAGCUGCAGCUAUGUACAUUUGGGCGGUUGGUAUUCUAGCCGCUGGGCAAAGUUCUACAAUGACUGGGACAUAUGCCGGCCAAUUCGCAAUGGAAGGUUUUUUGAAUUUGCAAUGGGCCCGAUGGAAGCGGGUUUUAGUCACCCGAAUGAUUGCCAUUAUCCCAACAUUCUGUGUGGCAUUUUUCACUUCAAUCGAACAAAUGAGUGGAAUGAAUGAUAUUUUAAAUGCUGUGAUGUCCUUGCAGUUGCCAUUUGCAGCUAUACCUACUAUAGCGUUUUCAUCGAGUUAUAAUAUUAUGGGGGAAUUUGUUAACGGAAUAGGAAAUAAAAUUGUUGCAAUCCUGCUUACGAUUCUUGUUAUUACCAUUAAUUUAUAUUUUGUUGCUAAUCAAGUUGAGACUUCGAAUUUAUCUGAUGGUUUUUGGGCGCUUGUUGUGAUAUUUUCAAUUUUGUAUCUCCUCUUCAAUAUAUAUCUUGUGAUACAUAUGGCUGCAUUCAUGGGAAAUAGAAAAUUAUUGGACGCGUCGUUCGUGCAAAAAUAUGUUUUGGUACAACAAUCAAGUUUUUCUGUUGAAAACGCGAGUACAACAUAUUCCAGUUUUGCUACAACAUCACAUAAUGUAAACAUGUGAUGGAAAAUGUGUGUAGUUAAGGUGGUUGAUACACUCAAUGCAAGAUGCCUGACCAUUACUGAAUGAUACUGACUCUGAAAACUACGAAAUUAGCUAACAAAAGUGGUUUUUCAUCAUAUACCAAUCUUACAGUAACUUUGUCGUUUACAAAUAUGAUGUAGGUAAAUGCGGCCUAAAUAAGUGUAUUUGUAAAUUAGCUAAAAAUAGUAGUUUUGAAAAUUGUCGUUGAAGACAAAAUCUAACCACAGUGUCAGUGUCAUUUUGGAGCGAAUUGAUUUUACACAACCUCAUUGUAUAUUAUAAGUCAUCAAUUUGUAUAGCGUUUAUGUACAUACGAGUAUAUUUGGUAACUGUAUUUGUUAUUUAAAGCCUAAAAGUAUGAAUAGUAAACAAAAUGAAACAGGGAGUUCGGUUUUGUGGCAAACUUAAAUUAUAUUUAGAUGUUUUCCAAUAAAAAGGCAUACAUAGAAAUAGAGAUUGAUCCAGUCCAGUAGAAUUUUAGCUAUUUUUAAUGAGAAGAUUAGCAGAACUUUUCUGAGUGAACUAAGAAAAAAGUCCGGAAUAACAGUGGAUAUCUUGACUGCUAAUUCUUCUCUUUUUUCUACUUUCUUAAUCCAAGUUAUUAGAUAUAUUUUUGAAGAUAGUACUCUAAUUGAUGCGAAGCUUAUAAAUGCUCUAUACUACUUAA